ACUUCAGUCGCUGUGCUGAGAGGGAGGCGGACUUACCUAAUCAAUAACAGUCAAUGCUGGCGUAAGAGACAAUGCAAGGAGGGAUAGAGGUAAGCAUAAAUUGUGCACACGAUUAAUCGAUCGCAGUCUCUAUCGGAAUUUAUCGCUCGACAGCUACAAAAAUAAUAACUCAUCGGUCAUUCCAAUGCUUUAAGGCCUGUAUAAUUUCUCACACCAGUGGUAAUUCAGAGGAAUGUUCUCUUCUUUCUGUAUGUUCUAUGCCAGCAGAAUAAUUACUCAACUCAUGUGAUUAUGAUCACCAUGGAUGACUCCGAAGGAUAACUAUUAUUAAUCUAUUUUAGGAUAUUCACUGGAAUAUUUUCUUUGCAUUUGCCGUUCGAACGGACUCUCUUCACGGAUGAAUGGAAAAUUUAUGAUGUCGAAGAAAACCAGAUUGCCUGCUCUGGACGGCAGCAAACGCGAUGGGAAGUCAUCGACCACGGGUACGGGAGCGCCAACGAAGCAGGGCAAUAAUAAACUGAUUGAUCCGUCGGAUCCCCGGCGGGGACAUAUGAGCAAGAUGAAAUUUCCUAACAUCAGUGAUACUUAUCAAUAUAGUCAACAGCUCCUGGUGGAUACUUGCAUAGCGCUCCAUGGAAUUAUUCUCCAGGAUCUGAGCAUGGGUAAGCGGGAGCUCCUCAAGGAUCCUUUCUUCAUUCAAGGAAGAUUCUAUGAGACAAUUACGUACAUCAUGAAACAACAGGACAAAACAUUAGACCAGGUAAUGAUGGAGCACGAACAUCCGAGGUUAAAAUACCUUCGUGGUCGAGUCGUCAUCCAACCCAAGAUCGACAUCGUCCUCGCCCGUCGGAAACCCGAACUCAUCUUCGUCUCUUCGCUCAUGCUCCGAAAGCGAACAGCCGGAUACGAACCCGACUCGCGAAGCGUCCGGUCAGACAUGGCUCGUCUGGCAUAUCUAGUCUUGGAGAGAGCCUUCUUAUGGGGCUUCUAUCUAUGGAUCGGACCGAUAGAGGAAUUAAGACAUUUUGAAAUGAUCAAUAGUUAUUCGGCACUUUGUGAAGCCGAUGGACAAAAGAAAAACUACAUUGUCUUGCAAAAACAUACCUUGGUCUUGCCUCGACUAGGUAAACCUAUACCAUCGACUUUCCAAACGACUCUCUUGUUGAACCGGAUAGCACCGGAUUUUUGUCUAAGGUUGUACCGGGUCGAACCCGAGAUGACGAUGUGGGAUGACAAGGAUGACGAUGUUGCUAGGUUAUACGAUUUCUACAGCGGCAGUGGGAGCAUUCACACAGGGCUUGGGAUGUGGGGAAUCAGUGACCAAAUCAAGAAUGUGAGAACACAACUCAUGAAAAUCAGAGACUAUGUCGAGGCAAGUCUAUUUGACCGUGCUCGUGCGAUGUUGAUGAUGGCUCGGGUGAUGUUUACGGAUCUCGUGGUUGUUAAGAAUCUCGAACGGGACGAGAUCGAGGAGACGAACUAUCUUAAACAUCACAUGGACGAGUUAAAAUUGAGGAUAGAGGAAGGUUUAAAACAAGGCGCCUGGGACUCCUCCACGGAUGAUGAUAUAUACAGUGAUGAUGGAAAAUAACGAGACCAUGCAGUUUCUUCGUUUGUGCCUGGUUGAUCAUUUUCUAAGCGCAAUAAUGUAUCAAAUAGUCUGAUUCAAAUUAUAAUUAUGGGGGUGACGAAGUUAUGGCAUCAUCGAUACACAUUUAAUUCAUUAAUAAACAUUACCAAAUCUCACCAAUGCAUCUGUUUGGCCUUGUAGUUUUGAGCAAAGGUUUUGAACCACCUCAAACGCAUCUUAUUAUCUCAAAAGACGGCAGUGUGGUUGCAGUAAUAAGCCUAUUCUCAUGAUUGUUGAAAUGGUUGAAUAGUGAAAUAUAUACAAGUAACCGGGCAUCACAAGAGGACGGUCCAAGUGAUGCAUCUUUUAAUACAGAGAAAAUUAAUGUAGGCGAUGUUCAAUUUUCUCUGACGACAUUGGAUCUCGCGAAAAUUCUGUAUUGUAUAUGAUUUCGAAGACCACCAACAACCGUUUGUCAACCUGAAUGGAACAUGUUAAACGUAUACAAGGAACGUCUCCUCAACUUUAGUGAAACUGUUUGAGUAUAUUGUCUGUCGAUUAUUUGUUUAAUAUCAGAAUCAUUGACACAUACAGCAACGUGUACAUAAUGGAUACAUGGUUGUAACGCUUGUCUUAUAAAAAAUUACAUCUUUUCGUCAACCGUUAAAGUGCCAAUGAAAGGAUUACAAUUAGAUACAUAUGCUGCACAUAAUUUUGUCAAAUGCGAAAUGAUAUGUUAUGACAUAUUCAUCUCCGUUUCAAUUUGAAGUAAUACAUAAUGGAAAGAGUAAAAAUAUAAAAUAUGCAAAUAAUAAAUAAUAGUGUUUACCCGAAGGGCCUGUCUUUGAGAUCCCAUUUUGUUGGAAAUUUUCGUCAACCUUUUCGUCAACCCCGAAGUGCUAGUUGACGGUGAAAUGUCAAAUGCUACGAACUUGUCUACGGUAUAUUUCUUUCCUUUUCAAUCGAAAACAACGGAAGUUUACAAAAUAAAUUGGUACAAUAGCAAUGAAGUGAGAAGAAUACAAUAAUGGAAUAUGCAUAGUAAGUUUGACCAAGCCUAUCCAAUGGAGGGACAUGUUGGACAGGCAGUACUUUUGGGGAAAUACAUUUUUGUUUCACUGUCGCUUUUAUAGUGUUAAUGCUCUUUUAAAACUAUACUUCGGGUUGGAAAGUGAAAAUUAAAAAGUGCCAAAUCUGAAACUAAACCACGUUGUUUAUGACUGAUGUGUGGAAAGCAGGGGUGAUAACACAAACAGGUAUGCGAUUGUAAUCGAAAGAGAACAAGAACAAUUUUAGUGUCAUACGGUCAAUUACAAUAGGGAUUAAUACAUAGUAUAGUACACACAUUGACAAGAAGAAAAGCGUAGAAAAUACACAAAUAUGCACCUAAUUUGAAUGAUCAAGAUUCAAGAUUUAUUAAAAACAUGUGAUCGCAGCUUAAAAGCUGAAUUGACAGAUGUUUUACAGUUUAAAAAACAAUGAACUUAACAAAUAAGGAAUAUAACAAAACAAUCAAGAAAUUUACAGAAAUUACAAUAUAAAUUCAAAAUAUUAUGAUAUUCUCAAGGUAAUAGCGGUAAUGUACAGUGUAAGAUAAUAAUUGAAAAUCUAUGAGAAGAUGCAUAUUAACUAAAGAUUUGAAAGACCGUCUGAAAAGGUUGAGCUAUCAUUACAUAUAGUAAUGAUUAUUUGGCCGUCCCUAAAUGUGAUAGUCUCGAUUUUGAUGCCGAGAAGAUGAACAUUACAAGAAAUUUUUUUAAAUUAUCAUACGAGACCUAAACAAAAAUGAAACUCUUUUCUGCUAAUGUAUUUUGGCAACAACAAAAAAAUCUGCCGAUGUGUGUAUCAGUACCUUGAUUUGUUUUUAUAAACACAUUUAUUUUUGUUUUAUCAUCCUCAUGCAAGCUCUUCAUUGAAAGGACAAGAACAUUACAUUUAAAAUGAAAUUAAAAUGUUCAACAAAUAUUUAUAAUUUUCAUCUUUUCGUUUACUUUAUAUUACCUGAUGUUUACGGAGUGAGAGAAAUUAAUAGAAUUCCAUUUUGAAGUAAAAAGUGGCGUAGUUGCAUUUAUUAUUGAUAAAGGUGAAAUAGUUUAAAAUAACAUGUUGUCAUCUAUUAUAAGUCCAUCAUCGAUGUAUUAUUACGGUGAAAGUGUUUUCUAUAUACUUGAAAUGAAAGCAAACAAGGCUCAGUUGCAUACGUGCUUUGAACAUGAUAUAUACAAUAUAUUCCAUCAUUAUUUCGUUCGCGAUCCGCAGUGAAAGCGCCAGAUGAAUGAUUAAUAAUUUCCGUGUUUAUCAUUCGCUAUAGAAACAUCACGGUACAGUGAUCCAAAAUUAAUUUUCUGCCUCAUUUUGCAUUCUCUCCCCAAACUGGGCAUACGUAAUUAUAAGAAUACCAACGUAGGCCUAUGCAGGUGCACUCUAGUAGCAAACUUUAGUUGAUUUAGGUUAAUCAAAUUUGGUGUUGACCAAACAACGGGAUCAUUCAAGAACGAUAACGUGUGGUUAAUUGUCAGUAACAACAUAUUUCAUUUAGAUGAUUAUGUUUACAUCGGAAAAACUUUGAAGGUCAAAUGAAAACCAUGUACUGUUUGUAACGCUGAGAAGCGGAUCCACGACGGAGCACGUGCCGCCCCUUUUACUCAAAUUUAGUAGGCCUAGUAGUUCCCUCCCUUUGCGCCUAAAAGAUUGAAGACCCUUUUCUGGUUAAUUUUGAUUGGAUAGAAAUUUGGAUAAGAGAUUCUGCAGUUAUAAACUCCCCUCUAUAAAAAAAAAAAAAGUGCUCGCCCACCACACCCUCUUAAAAAAUGACGCUAGACUUCAAUACGCUGGCUCGUAUUCUGAAGUCGGGUUUAACUUAAACCAUGGUUUAAGUCUGGUCUCAAAUUAUGGGGAGCCCAAAAAUCGAAAAUUCUGCUUAUAUUGUCUAUUUCUUAUAUUUACUAUUCUGUUACUCUUUGCUUUUAUAAUGAAGAAAAUAUUUCAGUUAUCAUUCUGAGACAUUUAUAAAUGAUUUGAGUGUCAUAGGAGUUAAUAAAUCGAACAUCUACUAAUAUAGACUUGUGCCCCAAUUGGCUUUCCAUUGUUAAACUACAACUUUAAACCAGGGUUUUAUUUAAACCCGAGUUCAGAAUACGGGCCCAUGAGGUUAUUUCUUUCAAAGAUCAGCUAAUCUAUUUGGGAAGGAAGGCCUGUGGGCCAUGGUAAUUCAGUUUACCUUUUCAAAACCCAGGCAGCCCCUUCAUCUCUAUUCCAGGUCCUUUGUAAUAUGUCACCUAUGUCCUAUUGUUUGUGUGAUUUGUAUUGUACUAUAAUUUAUGUAUUUUUAAUUGCCGAAUAAAAUAAUAAUAAUAAUUAUUAUUAUUCUUCGCUUUAGGUGGAAAUAAUUGUUGACGCGGUAUUGAACGGAAAAUUUAAACCAUUAUAUGCAACAUUUUAAUCGCUAUGUAUUAUAUUCUUGUAUUUUUUAAGCAGAGCAACAUGAUUCUGGAAUGAAUUGACUGUGAACAUGUUUAUUAUGUAUGUUCUUGUAUAUGAAGAAUAAAUAUAUUUAUCAAAA